AGGUCUCGGGAUCCAGAAGGGUGAGCACUGCGGAGCUCUCCCUCAGCGGCCCCGGCCUGGAAGUGAGGGCUACGGCGUCGGCUCCCUCACGGACCCAGAGCGCCCGUGGGGCCGAGGACCCACGAAGGUUACUGCGCCCGCCGUAGACUUGAUCGGCGUCCGGGGUCCCGAGCGGCUCCCCCGGCACCUGCGGCGAAGCCGGCCCCCGGCCCCGGCGCGAGCGCAGGCGCCCGAGCUGAGCCCGCCCUGCGCUGAGCGUUAGCUGGAGGCGGCCCCUUCACACGGAUCAAGUCCGCGCGGCGACGCCGGACGAAGUCGACCCAUUUUGCAGAAGCGGCCGGUGAGGCCCGGAGGCCCGCAUAUUGCAGCCCCACGCAGAGACCCGCUACGAGCCAGCGCAUCUCCCAGUUUCUUCUCUCCGUGUCUGCGUGUUUCCACCCUGCCACUCCCUGCCUUCUCCGCUCCUCGCCUCCUGACGCCUCCAGGCGUUCUUAAAUUACCUGCCCGGGGGAGGUGAGGCGAACGGCCUCAGGGAUGAACUACAACUCCCAUGAGGCGCUGGGGCCGUGCAAGCGCUUGAGGGUCAGCCUCCCCUGCGCUGGGAUUCCAUUGGCUGGGCGCGGUCUAGCUUGGGAGUCCUGAUUGGCUGAGGGACCUGAGGCGACAGAUUCCGGAAAGGGGGAAAAGCAGCGGACAUGGCGGCGGAGCGCGGCGCGGGUCAGCAACUGUCGCAGGAGAUGAUGGAGGUUGACAGGCGGGUCGAGUCGGAAGAGUCGGGCGACGAGGAGGGGAAGAAGCCGAGCGGCGGCGUGGUGGCGGAGCCCAACGAGCACGGCCUGAAGGACGGCCAGGAGCGGGGAGAAGCGGACCCAGAAGGACAAGAGCUGCCCGUGGACAUGGAAACCAUCCAACUGGACAGAGAUGCCGAGGACGUCGACCUGAACCACUGCCGCAUCGGGAAGAUCGAAGGCUUCGAGGUCCUGAAGAAGGUGAAGACGCUCUGUCUCCGUCAAAACCUGAUCAAGUGCAUCGAGAACCUGGAGGAGCUGCAGAGCCUGCGAGAGCUGGACCUCUACGACAACCAGAUCAGGAAGAUCGAGAAUCUGGACACGCUGACAGAGCUGGAGAUUCUAGAUAUCUCCUUUAACCUCCUGAGAAGCAUCGAGGGCGUCGACAAGCUGACACAACUGAAAAAACUCUUCCUGGUCAACAACAAGAUCAGUAAGAUCGAGAACCUCAGCAGCUUGCAGCAGCUGCAGAUGCUGGAGCUGGGGUCCAACCGCAUCCGGGCCAUCGAGAACAUCGACACGUUGACUAGUCUGGAGAGCCUGUUCCUGGGGAAAAACAAGAUCACUAAACUGCAGAACCUGGACGCGCUCUCCAACCUGAGAGUCCUCAGCAUGCAGAGCAACCGGCUGACCAAGAUCGAGGGCCUGCAGAGCCUGGUGAACCUGCGGGAGCUGUACCUCAGCCACAACGGCAUCGAGGUCAUCGAGGGCCUGGAGAACAACAACAAACUCACAAUGUUGGACAUCGCAGCAAACAGAAUCAAAAAGAUUGAGAACAUCAGCCAUCUAACAGAGCUGCAGGAAUUCUGGAUGAACGACAAUCUCCUGGAGAGCUGGGGCGACCUGGACGAGCUGAAGGGCGCCAGGAGCCUGGAGACGGUGUACCUGGAGCGGAACCCGCUGCAGAGGGACCCGCAGUACCGGCGGAAGGUGAUGCUGGCGCUGCCCAGCGUGCGGCAGAUCGACGCCACCUUUGUCAGGUUCUGACCCCGCGCGCCCCGGCCUGCUCCCUCGCCAGCAGAACCUCCCGGCCACGGUUUCCAGCCCGCCCGCUGCUCCCGGAACCACCACCACCACACCGACCGACCGUCACAACCCAAUGGCAAUAAAAAGGCGCUGAGUGAUCCCUGCCGUGUGUACCGCCGCUCACCACCGAGAGGCGCUGCUGUUGCUGGCACCACUCGGGUCCGUUGCUCUGUGUUGGCGGAGGGAGGUGGCCCGGGCCCCGUGGGCGCAGGGAGCCCCCUCGGGGUCCGUCCGGCACCUGGAGCCCGACAGCCCACAGCUCUCUGGUCUCCUAGGCCCGCCAGCGCCCGUGUUUGCAGGUGACUCACACUAAAAGCAAAGCAGCGGGUAGGGGGGCUCAGCCCUCCACGCCAGGACCCUCCGCGCGGCGGGCAGGCCCCGUCCCCGGCCGCCCCCGCGCCCCUGAGGUCGCGUUGCCACUGACGGAAGGGGAGCCCACCCGAGGCUCCUCAGAGACUUUCUGCGAAGAGUCGACCUCUGACGGCGGCAGCACCGCCUCCCGCUGCGCCCCCACCGCUGUGUCCACCCUCGUUUUAUAACCUCGGCCUCCACGGCCCGGGGCCUGGCUGCUGUCUCCAUGGACCUUGUCGCCCUCCGCCGUCCUCGCGGGCCCGCCUGCCCCCACACCGCAGGGCCACCCUGUGCAGUGUGGGGGCCGCGUGCUGCCCGCCGUGGCCGGCCCCGUCCACGUUUCACUCGGUGACAAUAAAGUGGAGUCAAACAC